AUGGCUCUGAGGGAGAGCAUCCUGCCUAUCAGCGAGGUGUCGGGCCCAUUCCCGGAGGUGGUGGAGCUCAACGUGGGCGGCCAGGUGUACGUGACGCGGCUCUCCACGCUGGUCAGCGUGCCGGACACCACCCUGCACGCCAUGUUUGCCCGCCGGCCGCCGCGGGAGCUGCCGCGGGACAGCAGAGGGCGCUUCUUCAUCGACCGCGACGGCUUCCUCUUCCGCUACGUGCUGGACUUCCUGCGCGACCGGCAGCUGGUGCUGCCCGAGCACUUCCCCGAGAAGGAGCGGCUGCAGCGCGAGGCCGAGCACUACCAGCUGGGGGAGCUGCUGAGGCAGCUGGCGCCCCGCGUGGCCAAGCAGGGCUCGCUCAACGACGAGGGCUGCCAGAGCGACAUCGAGGACAGCUCCCAGAGCAGCGACCUGGCCCGCGCCAACGCCAACCCCGGCUCUGGUGCCAACGCCAACGCCGUCGACAAGAGGUCGGGGUUCAUCACCGUGGGCUACCGGGGCUCCUACACCAUGGUCCGGGACAACCAGGCCGACGCCAAGUUCCGGCGGGUGGCACGGAUCAUGGUGUGCGGCCGCAUCGCCCUGGCCAAGGAGGUCUUCGGCGAGACGCUGAACGAGAGCCGGGACCCCGACCGGCCACCGGAGAAGUACACGUCGCGCUUCUAUCUGAAGUUCACCCACCUGGAGCAGGCCUUCGACAGGCUCUCCGAGGCCGGCUUCCACAUGGUGGCCUGCAACUCCACCGGCACGGCCGCCUUCGUCAACCAGUACAGGGACGACAAGGUGUGGAGCAGCUACACUGAGUACAUCUUCUUCAGGCCAGCAGCCAGGAUGGCGUCCCCAAGGCAGGACGGCGAGGAACAGAAGCCGGAAAAGACUCCAGACAAGGGCAGCGAGAGCGGCACCUCCCUGAACGAGCUCUCCACCUCCAGCUCCGAGACGCACUCCGAGAUCACCUCGCCCCAGGACGGGCCCGAGCCGGCGGCGGACGAGCCGGCAGCAGUGGCGGGCGAGCCGGUGGCGGCGGCGGGCGGGGGGUCCCCAGCCCCAUGCGGCUCCCUGCAGCCCGCCUCCCGCCAGCCCAGCACCCUCACCCUGGGCCGGCCCUCCAAGAAGGCCUCGGUGCAGUGGAUGCAGCUGCCGGACAAGCGGCGCAACAGCGAGCUCUUCCAGUCGCUGAUGAGCGGGAGCCCGCGCGAGGGCGGCCUCAGCAGGAAGAAGGCCACCGAGAAGCUGAGCGCUGAGGAGGAGAUGAAGCAAUGCAUCCAGGACUUCCACAAGAUCAAAAUCCCCCUGGAGUUCCCCCAGCGCAAGCGCCAGUGGCAGUCCGAACUGCUCCAGAAGUACGGCCUAUAG